AAAAUUUUGGUUCGCUGUUACGUUAUACUAUUGAAAGCUGAUAUAAUUACAAGUUUAGGAGCAGAUUUUACAGUUGUCAGAUGAUAAUUAGCCUGUUCAACUGUCACAAACCUCAACACGUAAUUUUUCCAAAAUAUCACACACGCAAUCCUAGGAGAUUUUACGCGGGUUGUUUCUCAAUAAAUACAGGAGAGUCUUUGUUAGUUAAAUCUGUUUCUGUGGAUACAAAAAUGACUGUGAAGACUAAUGGAUUCAUGGAAGGGGUUUUUCCUGAUGAGCUAAAGAAGAUUCUUGAAUCUUUGGGAUCUGAGUGGGGUGAUGUGGUUGAUGAUAUGGAAUCUUUGCAGGUUAUACCGUUGAAAGGAGCUAUGACUAAUGAGGUUUUUCAAAUUAAUUGGCCCACUAAGAGUGGUGAUGUUAAUAGGAAAUUGUUGAUUCGGAUCUAUGGUGAAGGUGUUGAACUUUUCUUUAAAAGGGAUGAUGAGAUUAGGACUUUCGAAUGUAUGUCGAAGCAUGGACAAGGGCCCCGGCUUCUUGGUCGGUUUGCUGAUGGCAGAGUUGAAGAGUUUAUUCAUGCUAGGACACUAUCAGCUGUCGACCUCCGUGAUCCUGAAAUAUCUGCUCUGAUAGCAGCAAAGAUGAGAGAGUUUCAUGAUCUAGAUAUGCCUGGUCCAAGGAAUGUACUUCUCUGGAGCAGAGUGAGGAACUGGCUGACUAAGGCCAAGGGUUUGUGUUCCCCAAAAGAUGCCAAGAAAUUUAACUUGGAUCUUCUAGAAGAUGAGAUAAAUAUGCUAGAGAAGCAGCUGUUGCAAGACUAUCAGGAUAUUGGAUUUUGUCAUAAUGAUCUGCAAUAUGGUAACAUUAUGAUCGAUGAAGAGACAAGAUCAAUCACCAUAAUUGAUUAUGAGUAUUCAAGUUACAAUCCUGUUGCUUACGACAUUGCAAAUCACUUCUGUGAAAUGACAGCAAAUUAUCAUUCCGAUACACCGCAUAUUUUGGACUUCGGCAAAUACCCAGGACUCGAGGAGCGCAGGCGGUUUGUUCAUGCUUAUCUAAGUUCUGCAGGUGACAAACCCAGCGAGGAGAAAGUAAAGCAGCUGAUUGAUAAUGCAGAAAAGUUCACUCUUGCAAACAAUCUAUUUUGGGGCUUAUGGGGAAUAAUCUCAGGGUAUGUGAACAAACUUGAUUUUGAUUUCUUGGAGUAUGCAAGGCAGAGAUUUGAGCAGUACUGGUUGAGAAAGCCUGAAAUCUUGGGAUCUUCUGGUGUUCAUGCGAAUGGUUAUGUGGUAGCUGCUAUGUAAAGCAUUCGAAAGCUUGCUAUGAACUUGUACAAAUGCAGGUUUUAUACCUUGGUUUUGUGAACUGACAUGACAGGUCCCUCGUACAAAAAUCACAGGAGAUUGAUUGUAAAUAUGUAUAACUGUUGUGUCGCUAAUUAGUAAAGCUGAAUUUUUAUAUUAUUUUCUCUUUUCCCUUUUUUAUCUUGUAGAAAUGGGAGGUAAAUGUAGCUUGAUGCAUUUAAGUAAUGCUGUUUUGAGUUUGUAUAUGAGGUGUGAAAGUAAUUUGAUGCUAUUAAAGUGUGUGACGAAAAUUAUGCUUCUUCUUUUAAUGGUAAUGAAGCAUUGAAGUGUUUAGAA